CCCCACACGCUCUGAAGAGGCUUGACCAGAGAUACAAAUCGAGAUGACUCCCUGUUUGAACACUUCCUUUGUCAACAACAGUGCAGAGAGACAGGAAGUUCAGCCAGUCAGAGAACAGCUGAGCCAGCAGCUCAUCUAACAUCAUCUACAGUUUAUUGUGGCGGGCAUAACCGCAGCUAGAUGUGACUGAGAUUUGGAGGCAGAUGCGGACUGACUGAAAACCCUGUCGGCAAUCUCCCGGUACAUCGAUGUGUAUAAUUUUCUUGAAGUUUGACCCCCGGCCUGCUUCCAAAAAUGCCUACAGGCUGAUUUUGGCUGCAAACAGAGAUGAGUUCUACAACAGGCCAUCCAAAACUGCAGACUACUGGGGAACCAACAGUGACAUCCUCAGCGGCCUGGACCUGGAGUAUGGUAAGGAGGGAGGAUCAUGGCUGGGGAUCAACAAGAAGGGCAAGCUGGCUGCAAUCACAAACUAUCUGGAAGGACAUCCCAACCCUGAUGCACAGGGACGAGGGUUUCUAGUGUCCAACUACCUUAUGGACAAGGAUGUGGACAGUUACUCCUACCUGAAGAAGGUGUCAUCAGAAGGCCAACUGUACAAUGGCUUCAACCUCAUCACAGCAGAGUUCAAAGCCAAACAAGACACUGUGUGUUACUAUGGAAACAGAGGCAGCCCUGAACCCAUCCAUCUAAAAGCAGGAAUCUACGGAUUGAGUAAUUCACUGCUGGAAACUCCGUGGAGGAAAAUGCUACAAGGCAAGCGCCACUUCACCAGCGUUGUCAACGACCAAUCCCUGUCCUGUGAUGGGCUGGUGCAAGAGCUGCUCAAUGUCCUCAAUAACGAGGAACUGAACACACCUGAUCCUGCUCAGGAGAACCAGGGUGAGGGCUACAGUAAGCCCAUGCUCCAGGCUUUGUCAGCGGUGUUUGUUCGCUCAUCUCGUUAUGGCACAAGGACCAAUACAAUAAUCCUGAUUGACGCUGAAGGGAACGUGACCUUCACAGAACGCACCAUGCUCAAUUGCGACACAAGCAAAUGGAGCACCAACUCUUUCCAAUUCAAGCUGGAGGGAUGAAGACAUGAUGGAGGAGACCCACUGUGUGCCUUUUUGCAUUACCCUAACUUUCCUCACCCUCUGUCCCCAUCACCUCCAACUGUAAAACACAGUUAAAAUCAGUUAAAAAGACCUUUAAAAACCCAUUGUAUGUGAACAUGAACUCUCAUUUGCACUUUUUCUUUCAGGUGGCAGCAAUAUCCACCUCAUUAACAAUAAUGACGUGUUUUUCUUGUUCAUAAUUUAAGUUAAAAUGCAUCUUCUGAUACACAUGUACGAAUUUGCAAAGUUGCCAAAGAACAUUUAUAAUUUAGAAAAUACAUCUCUCAAAACAGGAGGGUGGGGUUGCUUGAAAAAUUCCAGUUUCUAUCAUUAAUCAUUUAAAACUGCAGUCAAUGCUUUUGUUGACAAGAUUAUAUGAAUGCAAUCUAAUUUAUUAUUGAUAGUGUCAGAUUUUUAACUUUAAAUCCAUGACAUGGGUGAAUACACCUAAUACACAAUCUCCAGACUGCAAUUUGUAGUUUCAUUAGCUAGAACGGUUAAAAGAUAUAUGCAUAUCAAUAAUGCAUAUUAUUUUCUACACUCUUCCAUAGGGUUGUCAUUUUAUUAGAGAAUGUUUAUUCAGGUUUUAAAUCACAGUAAUUUCCAUCGAUUAGAGUCACAGCUACUGUUUUCUGCCUUAACCCUGCACAACUAUUGUCUCACUACUGAUUACAGCAGUGAGUUCAUUGUAAAAUGCAAAUAGUUUCGAGGUAAAGUGAUACAUUUUACAGCUGUUUGACAAUAAAAGACUACCCUCAAACUC